AUGUCCACAUCUCCAGUGUGGACCUCGAUUCCCUUGUAUUAUCAAGCACGACAACCUUGUCACUCGCAGUCGGAUAUGAUUCGCAUCCCCUCCUUUUCUCUUGCUCCUAGUAUUUUUCAAUGCUACCUACUCGUUUGCCAUCUUCCACAUCUGUAUCUCCAAAUGACGCCAACCAAGAUAAAGAACCUCAAGAACCAGAUCUGCGGUGAGUUUUCUGAGAUAUUCAAGCUAUGCCAGGAGGUGUUGGAAGAGGCCCAAAAGUCUUCGUUGAUCAAAGCGACUCUGGAAACUCUGUUGCGUUUCCUCAACUGGAUCCCUCUCGGCUACAUUUUCGAGACAACAAUAAUCGAUUUGUUGCUGAAUCGCUUUCUGGAAGCCCCAGAUUUUCGCAAUGUCACACUCCAAUGUCUAGCAGUUAUCGCGGCCCUCAAAGUUGGCGUCGAAUACGACCCAAAAUUUGUCAUUCUAUUCCAAAUGGUCAUGACCUCGAUCAAUCGUAUGAUCCUACCUUCAACCAACAUUUCGGACGCGUACAACGCGUACAACGCUGCGGGUGAUGCGGGCCAGGAACUCGUUCUCAACCUCUCUUUGUUUUUGUCCAACUUCCUUUCCAACCACCUUCGCGUCGUAGAGGGAGAAGCCACCCGCGAUGUCCUUCUCAAUGCCCACUUGUACAUGGUCAAGGUUUCUCAGGUGGAUGAACGAGAAAUUUCCGAGAUCUGUCUGGAAUACUGA